AUGAAGACUUCUCGUCUAUCAUUCUAAAGAGAAAAUGAAGAAACUGUAUGGCAUACUCGUAAAUUACGUUAAGAGACUGAGAAAGAUAUCUUAUUGAUGAAAAAUAGACUUAAAUUAUUAAAGAGAGGUGAUGCACAGUUAUCUAAGAAAAUUGAUGAAAUUAAAAAGAAAACUAAAUCUAUGAUUGAAUUGAAAAAGAAUCAUCAUUAAUAAAUUGAAUAAGUAACUAAUAUUAUUAAAUUGAAAAUCAUUAGAAAAAACUAAGUUAAAAGAAUGAUGAAGAAUUAUUGAAAGAUAAAUAGAAAUUUAAUUAUUGCCACAAAAAAUAAUAAGAAGAAUAAUUAGCUAUGAUUAAAAAAGCAAUGGAAUAAAUAAAAUUAGAAGAAUAUAAAAGAAUUAAGUACACUUACAAAAUAUCAUCUAAUCUAGAGAAAUAUCUUUAAAAAAUUCUAAAUUCAUUAAUAAAUAAAAGUAAGACUUUAUUACAAAGAACAGAGAGAGAAGAGAACAAAUUUAGGAAAAUUUGUCAAAAUCAAAAACUAAUAUAUCAAUUUAUUGGAAUGAAAAAUUAUCUCAUAUUCAUAAGGAAAAUGAAAAGUAAUUCUUAUUAAAUUAAGCUUUAGAGCAAAAUUGGAAAAUAAAAGAGUAUGUGAAUAAAAUAGGGCUUAUUAGGAAAAGAUGGAAAUGGAAGAAUCAUAUAUGAUGUAAAAAUUAUUGAGAUCACAAGAAGUUCAGAAGAAAUUGACAUCAAAAUUAGAAAAAGCUAAAAAUUUACCUCAUAAGGAAUUCAAUCACAUGAUUAAAGAAGAAGAUUAACAUACUUACCAUCUUAAAACUAAUAAAAGUGUAGAACUACCUAGAUGGUUACCUACUCCUGAAAAAGAGAUUGUUGUCACACAAAAUUUAGAUAGUGAACCAAAAUAAAAUACUGAAUAAUAAAUAAAAGAUGAUAAUCAUUAAGAUAAGUAAGAUUGA